AACGAGAAGUACUGAGAUUUUUUGACGCGCGUUUAUUAAAAGCAAAACAAGACCGAUUUGGUGAGAAAUCGACUAAAGCUGGUUCGGUCCCAAAUUAAUUAUUUAUUCACCGGUGGAAAAUGGUUAAACUACUUAAUCAAGUCAAGUAAUAUAUUUAACUGGUUCUAUUAUUUCUUGUCACUCUGAUUGCAAUGUUUGCAAUAUUCACUCUGGUCAACGGGAAGGUGGUGGAGGGGGGACGGGUAGAGUUAGGGGAAGCAGAAAUUGCUGAAUACGUCAAAUCAGUAAAAAAGAGUGUUUUCGUGGAAGUGCAAGAUGUUUUGAAGGUGAGAGACUUACGGGACCGGUUGUACAAGGAGAUAUGUACAAGAGCAGGACGCGCAGGGCGUCACUUCACAAGCACAGAUGUUCGUGAGACCGACUACAUCUUCAAGUUUAUAAAAGAAAAAAACGGAAAAUACGUUGCUGUGAGGGUAACUAAAAAACAGUUAUUGGCGACUCCAGCUAACGAGUAUGUACUGCAUUCUGUCAUCGCCCUUCUGUGGCGUGACCCCCACAAAAGGAUACGGGAAAUGACACUAGGAACGUCAAGUCUUGUUGACCCACUCGUCGCCACAGGAGCCGCGAUACACAAUGCAUAUAUCGGAAAAUGCUCCGUAUUGGAUUCAAUUGAUCCAAGUUUUACUGCCGUGAACACUGAUUUUGUUAAGCUCCCAAUUUUUACAUACUCCCUGCAAGAAGCUAAUCAGUUAAAGCAAUAUCGAAGAAGGCAAAAUGGACUCCCUGGGAGUUUCAAAAGUAAAGCUACGGAGUACACUUUUAGAAAAAUUCGGGUAGACCUAGAUAAAAUAAUUGAUGAACAUACUGCUGGUUUAAUUGAGGAAGUGAAUGACGAAGAGGAGGAGAAAUUAGUUGUAAAAAUUGUACCAAAGGCAAAACGUCGCGCCCCUCUUGGAAAGUUUAGAUGUCACGUCAAAGGGUGUCACUUUAGUUCAAAGUCAACCGUUGCAGUGAAACAGCACAUGACCGUCCAUACAGGAGACAAGCCGUUUAAAUGUUUCAAAUGUGAUAAAAGUUUCGGUAUUAAAUCCAACAUGAACCGGCACAAAAAAACAUGCAAGGCAAUCCGUGGCUAUUCUCCUUCGAAUGUCCCCCUCAAGACUCUUAUGCAUCACAGAUCAGUGUCCUCUGGACCGAAACCGUCUACUUCUACUUACACAUCCACUUCGACCCCUACACCAAAUUCAGUCUCCCUAAAACGUACAAGUCAAACAGUCCAGGGCUCUCUCUCGUUUAAACCUAAAAAGUUAUUGCUUGGUUCCACCAACAGCGCAAACGGAGAUGACGAAUCUCCCAAACUCGUCGCCAAAUUGUCAGAAGAGCUCGAAGUAGUGAAGAAGGAGAAGGACGUCUCUCUCAAACUCGUCGCCAAAUUGUCAGAAGAGCUCGAAGUAGUGAAGAAGGAGAAGGACGUCUCUCUCAAACUCGUCGCCAAAUUGUCAGAAGAGCUCGAAGUAGUGAAGAAGGAGAAGGACGUCUCUCUCAAACUCGUCGCCAAAUUGUCAGAAGAGCUCGAAGUAGUGAAGAAGGAGAAGGACGUCUCUCUCAAACUCGUCGCCAAAUUGUCAGAAGAGCUCGAAGUAGUGAAGAAGGAGAGGACCAAGUUGAAGAAGGAAAGGGCAGUUGCGUUAUACAAUUUGUGGAAGUUCAAGCAAGGGGUAUCAUCACCUUUAGGAAAUCUCACCAACCAGCCAAAACACUUUAUGUAAA